CAGGCGGUUUGAGCAGCUCUGCCCCGCUGCGCGUGUGUGUGUGUGUGUGUGUUAUCGGUUACGCCACCAGUGUAACAGUCAUGGCUGCACUGCGCAGACUUGUCCUUUCGUUCACCAAAGGCUCCAAAACGGGAACGUUUGCGACAGGGAAACAGCAAACAUCCUCGAAGGCGACAAAAGCGCUAACAGUGGUCGCAGCGGGAGCAUGCGCCGGUGCCGCCGCUUAUUACUACCGCGGGGGCCCCGAACUGACGAAGAGCCAGGUCGAGUCUCGGCUCGUGCACCUGGCGCUACCGGCAGUCUCCGCCGCCAAUAAGAAGCAGAGCUACGGCCUGGAUGGCAGAGAUGUGUACAUGUCGUCCUACGAAAACAGAUUCCGGCUGUUCAGCUCACUGGAGUACGAGGGCCAGCUCUACAUGACACCACUGAACUUCGUAGAGUCCGUCACCCUGAACGAGCCCAGGAGCAAAAGGGGAUGGAGGUCCCUCACAAAAAAGGAAUUAGACAAGAUGCUGUCUGAUACCCCGCCUGUUUGGAAAGGAUCAUCUAAUUUGUUUAGAAAUCUCAGAGAACGAGGUGUCAUCAGUUACACAGAGUACCUCUUCCUGCUCUGCAUUUUAACAAAGCCACACGCAGGCUUUCAGAUUGCUUUCAACAUGUUUGAUGCGGAUGGGAAUGAGAUGGUGGACAAAAGGGAGUUCUUAGUGUUGGAAGAGAUUUUUCGUAAGAAAAAGGACAAAAAAGACGUUACUGAGGACUCUCAAAUACUGGAUGAACAAAGCCUGCAGCUUUACGGUCAUAGCAAAUCCCAGCCAAACAGUGUUCUUAAAAAAGACGGUCAGCAUGUGGCAGCCCCAGGCAUGUGGGAUGUUCUCAGACGUGGCACAAGUCAAGUUCUGUUUUCUGAUCUCUCUGAGCACGUGGAUGAGAAAACAGAGACAACACUGCUGGUGCAUUUCUUUGGGAAAAAAGGGAAAGCUGAGUUGAAAUUUGAAGAUUUUUAUAAGUUCAUGGACAACCUUCAAACAGAGGUGCUUGAGAUAGAGUUCCUCUCUUACUCCAAAGGUAUGCCCACCAUCAGCGAGGAAGACUUUGCUCGCAUUCUUCUUCGUUACACAAACGUGGACAACGUCACUGCGUAUUUGGAGAAUGUGCGUCACAGCUUGCCAGAUGAAAAGGGAAUCACUUUUGAGGAGUUCAGGUCCUUCUUUCAGUUCCUUAACAACCUGGAGGAUUUUACCAUCGCUAUGCAAAUGUACAACUUUGCGAGCCGAUCUGUUGGUCAAGACGAGUUUACACGGGCAGUCUACGUUGCCACAGGAAUCAAGCUGACCAAGCAUUUGGUCAACACGGUCUUCAAGAUAUUUGAUGAGGAUCAUGAUGGAAAACUCAGUCACAAGGAGUUCAUUGGUGUCAUGAAGGACCGGCUGCACCGUGGCGAUGGGGGUCCCAGAGUGGAGGAAAAGUUUGUCUCAUUCAAGUCCUGCAUGAAAAAGGAGCUUUCGGGCAAAUAGGUAAACACCCCAAGAACAUUGCAUGCCAUACAGUCUGGGUCAUCUGUGUCUUCUCUGUCAGCACAGAAAGGUUAAUGCAUGCUUCAACACCAUAGAGCACUGCUCUAUGGAAGAUAAAUAAACAGGAUGUGGCACAAACAACAAGGCGCUGGCCUCAUGCAAAACUGUGGCAAACGGUCAAAUAAACAUGACUGACCCUUUGAGAACAACCAAAAUCCACUCGCUCAGUGUUACCAGACUCUAAAUUGCACUAUUAAGCUCUUUUAAAUGCUUUAAAGAUGAGGUUUAAAAAUUCAUUCUUGAUGACUUUAUUUAUUUAGCUAAAAAUAAUUUAACUUUAAUGCUGUUUCCCAUGUAAGACUGUUUUGAAUUAUUUAUGAACUCUUAUUUAUCUGGGUUUUCUGUUUCCUGCUCAGGUAGCUUUUGUCUUGUUCAGAUUUUGUCCUGAGCCCGACUGUCCAGUUGCAGAACCCUUGCAUGCUUGUUCCGGUUGUCAGUUCUGCAGCCUUCUGCACAGCUCAAGACAGCACCUCCUCCUCCUCCUCCUGUUCUCUCCAAAGCGCUGCAGCUAAAAUCCUCCAGAGCCAGCAGGAACACACUCGCUCAGUCCGUAGCUUUUUCAGUGUUUAACCAUGGGCAGCUAACAGUGUUAAUCAUUUCUUGGCUGGUAGAGAGAUGUGCUGUCAUUCUCCUGGCAGGGAUGACCUCUUUACAAAUAAAUAUGCAAAAUAUUGAAGCCAUAUACUUGGUUUGCUCCCGGGACACUUGGCUAAGACUGCCAGUGGUUUUAAAGGAGCAAUACGUACACAUGACCUUUAAGAUGUUACUGAGGAAGUCUUGAUGACUGAUGUUACCUGGUUUUCUUUAUGUGGAAGUGGGUGCUGAAAGAUAUUAAUAUGCCACAAGCAUAAUUAACAUUAUUCGAGACUACUACUUUCUCUCGAUACUAGCUGUUUGGAUUUGAUUGUUACCUUGUUCUUAUAAACAUGACUUUGACUGUUAAACUGAGUUCAGGUGCAAUUAUAAUGUGCAAUAAAUAUUAAAGUAUUUGGAUUCUU